AUGAAAUACAACUAUUCUCUAUUAAUACUAUUCAUAUUUCUUUGCCCCUUUUUAAAAUUAGCAGAUACUUUACCCACAAAAAGUUUACUUAAGGAAAAAAUUAGCAAUUUAGUAACUAUAAAAGAGGAUACAAUACAUAAUGGCACUAAUGAUUUGUUACUCGAAGUAGAUGAUUCAAAAGACCGUUUUAAUACCGAAUUAAUGAAACUUUAUAAAAUCAUCACCAAUACAAAAAAAAUACUCAGUGAUAAAAAAGAAAAGAAUCAAAAGGAGACAAUCAAGACAGUUCUUAACAAUAUUAUCAUCGAAACCAAAUAUUUAUUAUCCAAAAUAUUAAAAACCAAUUCAUUUCAAAAAGCUACUAAACAUGACAUUGAUACAAACUCUUUAAAACAUUUAUCCAAACUUUUAUAUGAUUUAGAAAUUUUAGAUACGUAUUAUGAAAAUGAUAUGAUAUAUGAAAAGAAAUAUUGGUAUUUACAAUUUCUUGGUGUCAGUCUUGAUAACUCAGUUCUAGCUUAUAUUAAAUAUAAAUAUUGGUACAUUGACCAUUAUAAAACAACAUUUACUAAAUACGGUGAAGUUCCAAAAUUAAAAAAUUUGGCAAGAACAGUUAGAGAGAUAAGAUAUGCCUUAGAUUCCAAAUUUGCAGCUUUAGAACUUAUUGGUCGUAAAGACAUGACUGAAUUGGUUUCCAUUGUCACCACAACUGUCAAAAAUAGCCCAACAUUAGAAAACGAUAUCAAAUAUCUACAAGAUGGUAGUAUCAACAUCCUAAAGGGACUGGCCUUCACAACUAUGUGUUUUGUAGCUAAUUUAACAUUCUGUACAAUUACACUAGGCGGACUCCUAAGUGUUGAAAUUUUAAUCUGGUUAGCAAUUCUUUCAAGAACGAUAACUGUAGAAUGGUCAUGA